GGUAACUUUAGCACCAACAUUCCGUACUUCACUCUCUAGCACUGAGGAGUGGCCAUGGAAGAUCCUGACAAGAAGACUGAAGUGGUACUGCUGGCCUGUGGGUCCUUUAAUCCCAUUACCAACAUGCACCUACGGUUAUUUGAGCUGGCUAAAGAUUACCUUCAUGAAACAGGAAAAUACAAAGUAAUCAAAGGAAUCAUUUCACCAGUAGGUGACGCAUAUAAGAAGAAAGGUCUGAUCAGUGCUGAUCACCGAGUAACUAUGGCAAAACUAGCUACAAAAAACUCAGAUUGGGUAGAAGUGGAUGACUGGGAAAGCUGCCAGAGUGAGUGGUUGGAAACACUCAAAGUUUUAAGGUAUCAUCAUGAAAAGCUUUCAUCUCCUGAUCCCACAAAUAGUCUGGAGAAUGCAAUACCUUUAACAAAGGCAGGACGGAAGAGGAAACAGGAACCAAAUAGGCAUGGCCCCAUUAAGAAGAAAAAUCAGAAUCCAGAUAUAAAAAGUGUCCCACAGGUUAAACUGCUUUGUGGAAGUGACAUCCUGGAAUCGUUUGGGAUCCCCAAUCUGUGGAAGUUGGAGGACAUCACUGAAAUUGUGGAAAAUCAUGGCCUUGUAUGCAUCUGUAGGGCUGGAAACAGUGUUCAGAAAUUCAUCUAUGAAUCUGAUAUUUUAUGGAGACAUAGGAAUAAUAUUCACCUAGUGGAAGAAUGGAUCACAAAUGACAUUUCCUCCACCAAGAUUAGGAGAGCACUGCGGAGAGGCCAGAGUAUUCGUUACCUAGUGCCUGAUGCAGUUCAAGCAUACAUAGAAAAACAUAAUCUGUAUAGUCCAGAGAGUGAAGAUAGGAAUGCUGGGGUUGUCUUGGCUCCCUUACAGAAACAUGCAAGUGAUUCCAAGAACUAACAGGGAUUAUACAGCUUCUGCUAUAUCUGCUGUCUAAGGACGACAGUUCAGUGCAGAAAAAUGUUUCAUCUUUUUUAGU